AUGAAUUCGAUAUUUGUUCCAAGUCUCCUCUUACUGCUGAUUAUUUCGGCUACAUGCCAGGCUGGUAGAGUUUCUUGCUAUCAAUCUGCCAUUCUUCUCAAGUGUCCUUCGAAAACCUGUGCUGCAAUUGGCAAUGUCAGAAACGACGAGAGUUAUCCAUGUGAUUGUUUUGCUAUUGGGAAAGAUCCUGGGCCAAAUUCUAAAUACUUUCGUAUCAAUUUACACGCUGGUGGGUACGGCUACGUAAAUGGCAACUAUUGUUCAGGCAACAUCGUCAAUAUGUGCUAA